AUGUUUCUGACAGCAGGAAACAGACCAGGAAGUCCAGAGAGCGGGAGAAAUGAAUCAUGCGUUCAGUCAGAUCUCUGGACUGCAGCAGAUGGGUGGAGUUCAUGUCUCGGAGAUUCUGAUGUUCCUGAUGUUGUGCUGCCUCUCCUCCUCUUCCCCUUCCUCUUCAGGAUGAAGAUGAUGUCCAGCAUCCUGCUGCUCCUCAUCCUCAGCUCAUGUCUCUGUGCAGCAACAUUUGUAGUGAAUGUGACACAGAGCAGCUAUCAGGCAGAGGAGAAGCAGAACAUCACUCUGGAGUGGACCUUCACCACCAAGACUCAGGGAACCUGGAAGAAUCUGUUCAUCUACUGUGAAGUGAACACAGAUCAUGGAGUCUUAGUUCUCUAUCAGGUUCAUGAAGGAGUUGAGAUUCCAGAGUCUCAGGAUGAUCAGUUUUCAGGACGAGUCCAGAGCGACAAAGACGUCCUCAGAGAAGGACGAAUCAGACUCCAUGUGUCCAGACUGAGGACUGAAGACUCUGGUCUGUAUCUGUGUGACGUGAAAACUGAAGAUGGAUCCAACAAGGCAGGAUGUCAACGUUACUGGUUUGAUGCGUCUGCCAAGUUUGAUCCAGUGAAGGUUGUUGGUCAUGAUCCGAUUCAUGCAAAGGUUGGAGACGACGUCAUUCUGCCAUGUCAUCUGGAGCCUCCAUAUUAUUUGACCACAUUUACAAUCGUAUGGAGAUUCAAGGAUGAAAUAAUCCAUGUGCAUCGCAGCCAAACUAAAGAUGAUGAAGCUUCAGAUCCAGAGUACAAUGACCGAACCUUCAUGUUCCCUGAUGAGUUUGAAAAAGGCAACAUUUCCCUCAAAUUGACCAAAGUCACCAAGGAGGAUGAAGGGAAUUAUAUUUGCUUUGUUCCCAAACUGCAAAGUCAAGACAGGAAGGGAAACGUUACUCUAAUACUUGUUGAAAAUGCAGCACAACGCGACUCGACUGCUACUGGAGUACCUGAUGCUGGAGUUAUUGUUGGUACUUUUGUUGGUGGGGCUGUUCUAGCAGCACUCAUCAUCAUCAUGAUAUUCUGUUGUACGUUGCUGCAGAGGUGA